CAAAAACAGAGAACAAAAAACCAGGAAACGCCCCGCAGGCGCAGCUCCACCACCUCCCCGCCCCUCUCUCUUGCCCCUCCGAUCCACCCGCCCCCUUCUCCCUCCGACAACAGCUGCUCGCCGCGUUCAAUCAUGGCGGCCGACCCCUCCGCGGCCUCGGCGGCCGCCGACCCCGACGGCCCGGACGCCGUCCGCCUCACGUGGAACGCCUGGCCGCGGUCCAAGGUCGAGGCCAGCCGCUGCGUUGUCCCGCUCGCCGCCGCCAUCUCGCCGGUCCGCUGCCCCGAGUCCCUCGCCUCGCCGCCGCUGCCCUACGCGCCGCUCAGAUGCAAGCCGCCCUGUUCCGCGCUCCUCAACCCCUUCGCCCGUGUCGACUACGCCGCCAAGAUCUGGAUCUGCCCGCUCUGCUUUUCCCGGAACCACUUCCCCCCGCACUACGCCGGCAUCUCCGAGAGCAACGUCCCCGCCGAGCUCUUCCCGCAGUGCUCCACCGUCGAGUACCUCGUCGCCGGCGCCCCGGGCGGGCCCGCCCCGGGAUCGCCGGGGCCGCCGCCGCCGGUGUUCUUAUUCGUGAUCGACACGUGCGUCAUCGAGGAGGAACUGGAGUACGUCAAGAUGUCCAUGCGGAAGGCAGUCGCGCUCCUGCCCGAGCACGCCCUCGUCGGCCUGGUCACCUUCGGGACGCAGGUGCAUCUCCACGAGCUUGGGUUCUCCGACCUUAGCAAGAUCUAUGUGUUCCGGGGGACCAAGGAGAUCUCCAAAGAUCAGAUUUUGGAUCAGCUUGGGUUAGCAGGUGCGGGUCGGCCGGGGUUCCCAAAGAUGCCACAGCAACCGGGCGUGCAACAGGUCAAUGGGAUGCAUCCAUCAGCAACGGCCGGGGUUAACAGGUUCUUGCUACCGGUGUCAGAGUGCGAAUGCACACUCAGCACGUUGCUGGACGAGUUGCAGCCUGACCAGUGGCCGGUGGAAACUGGGCACCGUGCAAUCCGGUGCACCGGUGUUGCGUUGAGCGUAGCUGCUGGCUUGCUUGGGGCUUGCAUGCCUGGGACGGGCGCAAGGAUUAUUGCGCUACUUGGUGGGCCAUGUACUGAAGGUCCUGGAGUGAUCGUGUCGAAAGAUUUAUCGGAGCCAGUUAGAUCACAUAAGGAUCUCGAUAAGGAUGCAGCUCCUCAUUUCCAGAAAGCUGUCAAAUUUUACGAUGGCCUUGCCAAGCAAUUGGUCAGUCAAGGUCAUGUUCUAGAUGUUUUUGCAUCUGCUCUUGAUCAGGUUGGACUAGCGGAGAUGAAGCUUGCUAUUGAGAGAACAGGUGGCCUUGUUGUCUUAUCUGAAAGUUUUGGGCAUUCGGUAUUUAAGGAUUCUUUUAAACGUAUUUUUGAGGGAGGUGAACAGUCUUUAGGCCUCUCAUUCAAUGGCACACUUGAAAUAAACUGUUCGAAGGACAUUAAAGUUCAAGGUGUUAUUGGACCGUGCACAUCUUUGGAGAAGAAAGGAGCUCUGUGCGCAGACACAGUUGUUGGCCAAGGAAACACAACGGCAUGGAAAAUGUGUGGUCUUGAUAGAAAUACUUCAUUAACAGUAUUUUUUGAUGUCUCACCAAGUGAACGCUCCAGCCAACCAGGACAACAAAAUCCCAAUUUGUAUAUACAAUUCGUAACCAGUUACCAACACCCAGAAGGUCAAAUGAGGAUAAGAGUUACUACUAUAAGCAGAAAAUGGGUGGAUGGUUCUACCAAUACUGAGGAACUAGUCGAAGGAUUUGACCAGGAAACUGCAGCUGUUGUGUUAGCAAGAUAUAUCUCCCUGAAAAUGGAAAUAGAGGAAGAGUUUGACGCAACACGGUGGCUCGAUAGAUCUCUCAUACGGCUUUGUUCAAGAUUUGGGGAUUAUCGGAAGGAUGACCCCUCUUCAUUUAGCCUACAUUCUAAUUUCUCACUAUUUCCUCAAUUUAUGUUUAAUCUGCGGCGUUCACAAUUUGUUCAGGUUUUCAAUAACAGUCCAGACGAAACAGCUUAUUUCCGGAUGUUACUCAACCGAGAGAGUAUCACUAAUUCGGUCGCCAUGAUUCAGCCGUCAUUAAUUUCAUUUUCGUUUGAUUCACCUCCUUCUCCUGUAUUCCUCGAUGUGGCAUCAAUAGCAGCAGAUCGUAUACUUCUACUUGAUGCAUACUUCAGUGUUGUCAUCUUCCAUGGCAUGACAAUCGCUCAGUGGAGAAACAUGUGCUACCAGAACCAACCGGAACAUCAGCAAUUUGCACAAUUGUUACAAGCGCCUCAGGAUGAGGCUCAGGUCAUAAUAAGCGGUCGAUUUCCAGUUCCUAGACUAGUUGUGUGUGACCAACAUGGCUCGCAGGCAAGGUUCUUGUUAGCGAAACUGAAUCCUUCGGCCACAUAUAAUUCAGCACAUGAUGUUGCACCAGGUUCUGACAUCAUAUUCACCGAUGAUGUUAGCUUCCAGGUCUUUUGUGAGCAUCUUCAAAGGCUUGCUGUUCAGUCGUAAGGACAUGCGUGCAGAGUUGUACUCUCAAGACCCAAGUUGAUAGCUAUUUGAUGUUUACCGGGUCCAUAGGUUGGGUUGUGACUUGUGAGAAAAAUUUCCCCUCUGUUUUUUUGUCCAUGUGUCUUCGUAUCACGAAAGUUAUCCGAGUUGAGACAUUUUUCCGGGACAUAAUUUUAAAAGCAUGUAUAAGUCAGUCCAGAAGUCUUGAUCACCCAUCGUUUAUAGAUAUAUAUUUAAAAUAUUGACAUCCCUCCUAUCUCAUCUUGAGGUGUAGCGUAUACACUAAUCCAGGUUCAGUUUUUUCUGUCAGUUGAAAUCAUAAUUUGUUCAUGUUA